AAAAUGAAUUGUCCCCAUAAAAAAAUGGAUGUAACAGAUAUUUCUCUUUACUCAUACCCAGAGUUUUUUGAUGAUGAACGUUUCCCAUUAUUAGCAGGCAGUCAUUGUAAUGCAACUUGCAAAGAAAAAAUGAUGGUUUAUUUCAAAGUAUAUUUAGAGCUACGUUAUAAAUGGACUAUGCAUUAUAUAGAAGAUGCCAGAGUAGUUGAAGAUCUAAAAGUUAAAGAAGUCGACGAAUUCCAUUAUCCUAGCCUAGAAGACUAUUACGGUUUUUUUGAAAAUCGUUCAAUGGGAGAAGAUCCCGAUAGUGAAGCAACAAUAUUAAAGUAUUCAAAAGUUGGUAUAUUGGAUGGGAAGCCAGUAAGAUUAUGUGAUCUACCAGGGGGUACCAAAUGUGAUUUUGACGCAACAAAUUUAGAAGAA